GAGAGGCAGAAGUCACCCGGAGGGACGGGCGCCACUGAAAUCUCGCGAGAGGGACCUCCACUUCCUUCCUCUGCUUCUCCCUCCUCUUUCCCCCCGCCCCCUUCCCUUCUCCCUCCCCCUCCCCCCUCCCGGGUCGGAGUGUCCCUGCGCCCCACGGGCCAGAGCAGCGGCGAGAGCAGUUUUCCCCGCUCCCUCCCCCUCGCCUCACUCACCCCCACCCCCCCGCCGAGCGAGGAGGAGCCGGAGGAGAGGAAGAUGGCGGCGGCCGCCAGCACCCGCGGUGCCGCGGGGCCGCUUCGAGGAGCCUGAGAGACCCACAGAGGCUUCGCGGGAAGACGCGGCGGCGGAGGAUGAGCCUGCAGAGCGCGCAGUAUCUCCGAUAGUCAUUGUGGGAGAAAACGUUUCAUUUAAGUCCCAGAUGAGGACCGGAAACUUGAAAUCAGAGGAGCAUCUGAAAUCAAGUAAUAUUAGGCAGGCAGAAGUCCUGAAGGCUGACAUGACAGAUUCUAAGCUGGGUCCAGCUGAGGUCUGGACAUCCAGACAGGCUCUGCAGGACCUGUACCAGAAAAUGCUAGUUACUGAUUUGGAAUACGCGUUAGACAAGAAAGUAGAACAGGAUCUCUGGAAUCAUGCCUUUAAGAAUCAGAUCACAACACUACAAGGCCAGGCAAAGAAUCGAGCAAACCCGAAUCGGAGUGAAGUUCAGGCAAACCUUUCUCUGUUCCUAGAGGCAGCUAGUGGCUUCUAUACUCAGUUAUUACAAGAACUAUGUACAGUGUUUAAUGUAGAUUUACCAUGCCGUGUGAAGUCUUCCCAAUUGGGAAUUAUCAGCAAUAAACAGACGCAUACCAGCGCCAUAGUGAAGCCACAGUCUAGCUCCUGUUCCUAUAUCUGCCAGCACUGCCUCGUCCACCUUGGAGACAUUGCUCGAUACAGAAACCAGACCAGCCAGGCAGAGUCCUACUACAGGCAUGCAGCUCAGCUUGUCCCCUCUAAUGGUCAGCCUUAUAAUCAGUUGGCUAUCUUAGCUUCUUCCAAAGGAGACCAUCUGACCACAAUUUUCUACUACUGCAGAAGCAUCGCUGUGAAGUUCCCUUUCCCAGCUGCCUCCACUAAUCUACAAAAAGCACUUUCUAAAGCACUGGAAAGCCGGGAUGAGGUGAAAACCAAAUGGGGUGUUUCUGACUUCAUCAAGGCCUUUAUUAAAUUCCACGGUCAUGUGUACCUGAGUAAGAGCUUGGAAAAGUUGAGCCCUCUUCGAGAGAAAUUGGAAGAACAGUUUAAGAGGCUGCUAUUCCAGAAAGCUUUCAACUCUCAGCAGUUAGUUCACGUCACUGUCAUUAACCUGUUUCAACUUCAUCACCUUCGUGACUUUAGCAAUGAAACGGAGCAGCAUAGUUAUAGCCAAGAUGAGCAGCUGUGUUGGACACAGUUGCUGGCCCUCUUUAUGUCUUUUCUUGGCAUCCUGUGCAAGUGUCCUCUCCAGAACAAGUCUCAGGAGGAAUCCUACAAUGCCUAUCCCCUUCCUGCAGUCAAGGUCUCCAUGGACUGGCUGAGACUCAGACCCAGGGUCUUUCAGGAAGCAGUGGUGGAUGAAAGACAGUACAUUUGGCCCUGGCUAAUUUCUCUCCUAAAUAGUUUCCAUCCCCAUGAAGAGGAUCUUUCAAGUACUAAUGCUACACCACUUCCAGAGGAGUUUGAGUUACAAGGAUUCUUGGCUUUGAGACCUUCUUUCAGGAACUUGGAUUUUUCUAAAGGCCACCAGGGUAUCACAGGAGACAAGGAAGGUCAGCAACGACAAAUACGGCAGCAGCGCUUGAUCUCUAUAGGCAAAUGGAUUGCCGAUAAUCAGCCAAGGCUGAUUCAGUGUGAAAAUGAGGUAGGGAAAUUGUUGUUUAUCACAGAAAUCCCAGAGUUAAUACUGGAAGACCCCAGUGAAGCCAAAGAGAACCUCAUUCUGCAAGAACCAUCCAUGGUAGAGUCCCUGGCUGCGGACGGGAACCCAGGACUGAAAUCAGUGCUGUCCACGGGCCGUAAUCUAAGCAACAACUGUGACCCAGGAGAGAAGCCAAUGGUCACCUUCAAAGAGAACAUUAAGCCGCGAGAAGUGAACAGAGACCAAGGAAGAAGUUUUCCUCCCAAAGAGGUGAGAAGGGACUAUAGCAAAGGAAUUACUUUAACUAAGAAUGAUGGAAAGAAGGACAACAGCAAGAGGAAAACAGAAACCAAGAAAUGCACCUUAGAAAAGUUACAGGAAACAGGAAAGCAGAGUGUGGCAGUGCAGGUAAAAUCCCAGACAGAACUAAGAAAGACUCCAGUGUCUGAAGCCAGGAAAACACCUGUAACUCAAACCCCAAGUCAAGCAAGUAACUCCCAGUUCAUCCCCAUUCAUCACCCUGGAGCCUUCCCUCCUCUUCCCAGCCGGCCAGGGUUCCCGCCCCCCACAUAUGUUAUUCCCCCUCCUGUGGCAUUUUCUAUGGGCUCAGGUUACACCUUCCCAGCUGGUGUUUCUGUCCCAGGAACCUUUCUUCAGCCUACAGCUCACUCUCCAGCAGGAAACCAGGUGCAAGCUGGGAAACAGUCCCACAUUCCUUACAGCCAGCAACGGCCCUCUGGACCAGGGCCAAUGAACCAGGGACCUCAACAACCACAGCCACCUUCCCAGCAACCCCUUACAUCUCUACCAGCUCAGCCAACAGCACAGUCUACAAACCAGUUGCAGGUUCAAGCUCUAGCUCAGCAACAAUCCCCCACAAAAGCUGUGCCGGCUUUGGGGAAAAGCCCUCCUCACCACUCUGGAUUCCAGCAGUAUCAACAGGCAGAUGCCUCCAAACAGCUGUGGAAUCCCCCUCAGGUUCAAGGCCCAUUAGGGAAAAUCAUGCCUGUGAAACAGUCCUACUACCUUCAGUCCCAAGACCCCAUAAAACUGUUUGAGCCGUCAUUGCAACCUCCUGUAAUGCAGCAGCAGCCUCUAGAGAAAAAAAUGAAGCCUUUUCCCAUGGAGCCAUAUAACCAUAAUCCCUCAGAAGUCAAGGUCCCAGAAUUCUACUGGGAUUCUUCUUACAGCAUGGCUGAUAACAGAGCUGUAAUGGCCCAGCAAGCAAAUAUGGACCGCAGGGGCAAACGGUCACCAGGAGUCUUCCGUCCCGAGCAGGAUCCUGUGCCCAGGAUGCCGUUUGAGGACCCCAAGGGCUCCCCUCUGCUUCCUCCGGACCUGUUAAAGAGUCUGGCUGCCUUGGAGGAAGAGGAAGAGCUGAUUUUUUCUAACCCUCCUGAUCUUUACCCAGCUUUGCUGGGGCCUCUCGCCUCUCUUCCUGGACGGAGCCUCUUUAAAUCCUUGUUGGAGAAGCCCUCGGAGCUCAUGUCCCAUUCCUCUUCUUUCUUGUCCCUCACCGGAUUUUCUCUCAAUCAGGAAAGAUACCCAAAUAACAGCGUGUUCAAUGAGGUAUAUGGGAAAAACCUGACAACCAGCUCCAAAACAGAACUUAAUCCUUCGCUGGCCCCCCAGGAGACAUCACUGUACUCCCUCUUCGAAGGGACCCCCUGGUCUCCAUCACUUCCUGCCAGUUCAGAUCAUUCAACACCAGCCAGCCAAUCUCCUCAUUCCUCUAACCCAAGCAGCCUGCCAAGCUCCCCUCCAACACACAACCAUAAUUCUGUUCCAUUCUCCAACUUUGGACCCAUUGGAACUCCAGAUAACAGAGAUAGAAGAACUGCAGAUCGGUGGAAAACUGAUAAGCCAGCCAUGGGUGGGUUUGGCAUUGACUAUCUCUCAGCGACAUCAUCCUCUGAGAGCAGUUGGCAUCAGGCCAGCACUCCAAGUGGCACCUGGGCAGGCCAUGGCCCCUCCAUGGAGGAUUCCUCUGCUGUCCUCAUGGAAAGCCUAAAGUCUAUCUGGUCCAGUUCCAUGAUGCAUCCUGGACCUUCCGCUCUGGAGCAGCUGUUAAUGCAGCAGAAGCAGAAACAGCAGCGGGGACAAGGCACCAUGAACCCUCCACACUGAGGCCAAAGUGGCAACCCUGGGAAUGAAGGCUCCAUAAACCAUGGCAUGUUGGGUUUGCAGGACUGGCCCAUACAGUCCCCUGCAGGUGGCAGCCCUCUUUUCUGUUUCUUGCUGUUAAGAGGGUGUAAGCGUUCCACCGGCACGCUGAGUGUGCACGAAAUGUCCGCAGUGCAACAAAAAGAAAAAAUCAUCGGGAACUCUCCGUCCCCCUGGGGCCUUCCGGAGGGAGAGAGGAGCUGCUGUCUGUCUCACUCAGUUACCUGAUAUCACCGCCUCUCACCUUCUCCAUCGUGCAUGUCCCCAGCCACAAGGGAAGUGAAAGCUGAGAAGGGGAGGCAGAUGGGAGAAGCCAAUGGGAACUUCUCAGUCCUUUUUUCCUCUUUGGGGAAUAAAAUAGGAAUCCAUUAAUGAUUGCUUUGCUGACUGAGAAUGUAGUUGAAAUUAUUCCUGAACAUCUUUUAUUAUUGUUAUUACUCUCAGUAGUAAAAUAUCACACUGAAUUCUUCCACACACAGAUGUGCUUCUUCUAGUCAGUGUGUAGCAAGGAAAGCCCCGUCCACUGCUCCUGUGAGAGGUUGGUGGUGACAGGAUGGGGAAGCUGACCUCUUAGCCAGCGGAAGUAUUCCGUGAGGGAGCGUCCAAGGCCUCAACCUUCACUCAGAAGGUUCUGGCAGGCCCCCUUCUGGCCUGGAGACUGCAGCAGGAGAUGCCCUUCACUCUGUAGGUGCUCGAGCCCCAAUCGAGGACACAGUGUGGGUGGUGGUGCUGGGCUGGACUGGCAGAUGACUGCUGUAGGACUUUUAAAUUAAUGUUUUUGAUUCCUGUACAUUUUACAGUAGCGUAGCAAGCAGUCUCACAGAAGGCAGGCUAGUCCAUUCGCGGCCCGACCCAUUUUAAUAGGUAGAAGCUUUCAGUGUGGUUAUUUUUUGUUUGAUUGGUUUUCGUGACCCCCAUCCUGCUCACCACCCACCUCCUCUUGUCCCUACCUCCAUCCCUUUCCUACCCCGUGCUGUCUGCUAGUAAUUGUUUCUGUUCCUAAUGUGUACAACAUCUCGCCAAGAAGCAACAGCAUGGGGUCCAGCAGUUGGGGCCCAAAGGACAGUCUGCGGAGGAAGGAAGCAGUGGCGUCUGCACAGCGCACAACGGGCCAGGCCCCUGCCCAGCUGCGUCUCCCGACCUCCACUUUCAGAGUGAAAUUCAAGGCAACAAGGACACGUGUGCGGCACGCACAGAAGAGAACACAACGAAGUCCAUUCUGGAAAAGGCGAAAGAAAGGAAGAUAAACUUUUAUUUGGUAUUUAUUAGAAGGAAAGAGGACUGAAAAUUUUCUUGUGUAGAAACAGAAGGACAGCAUUUCUGUUAGUUGCUGGAAAAGUAAUAUUUUAAGGGGAAAUUAUGGAAACAAUCUAAAUGUCCAAUUGCUGUGCUAGUGGUAAGGUCUAUUUCUGGGAGGUCUCUCUCGUGUGUGUGUGUGUGUGUGUGUGUGUGUGUGUGUUUUUGCGCGCGUGCGCGUACACACUCAGCUGCUCUCCCUGGGAGAGGGGGAGUGUGUGUGAGUGUGUGGAGUCAGUGUGGGACUUACAAACUGGAAGACAGCUGCAGAGCAAAGCACAUCCAGGAGCCCCAGUUGUCAUUCAAGUCUGGGCAACCCCAGCAAUGGAAGGGGUGAGAUUAAUGCUCGUUGCUCUUCAGAGAGAGUGGUUGGAGCCCCGUAUGCUUACAUUAUUGCUCUUUAAGUUUGACAUGGUGUUUGGGGUUUUUUUGUUUUCAUUUUGUUUUGGUUUUUUUUUUUUUUUCCGUUCUUGUUUUGAAAGGUCUGAAAGGGUGAAGCCCCCCCACCCAAAGGCAAUAUGAAACCCUUUGUGCUUCUCUCCAGCCCCCUUCCCCGUGUCUGCCUCUCUUCCUUCCCCUCCCUUCAAGCCUCCCUCCCCACUGCCUUGACCCACUUUGUGUGUUUGAGCUCUGCAUUCAGGCAGCUGCGACAUUCCAGUGUUUGAGCUGUCCCUGAUUCUUGCACCCUAGAUGAGCUAGCCAGAUUCACUGUCUCACCCCUGGUACUGCCCACAUCCCAUACAGCCCUGUUUCUGCAUGAGAAUUUGGUGUUUGGAAUGAUUUCUGACUCCUGGGGCGGGGUUUCUCGCCUUACCAUCCUCAGUGUGGAGUAAUGAGGCGGGAGAGGAGAAUCUUCAUCAGAAACUGGUUUUGUGUAGUAAACUUUCUCUUGUGUUUGUUUUUUUGUUUUGUUUUGUUUUGUUUUUUGUUUUGUUUUGGUCUGUCUGUGCAAGACCUGCAGCUGCUGAAAUCAGCUUUGCCUUUAAUUAAACCAUGUUCUCUCCAACCAGA